AUGAGUUUGGGAAUCGAUGGUGUUACCGUUUUAACCGAUCUUCACUGGCUUAUCAGGGAGUCUGAAAUAAGGUGUUUGGUGGACGCGGAACAAUGGGCUAGCGAAAUGCUAUUUUAUGUUAGUGAGAAUUGGCAUAGUUCCUAUGCAAAGCAUAAGUCGUCACAGCCCGAAAUACGAGAGAUGGAUUACGUUACGACCGAGCCACAUUUGGCUAAAGUUGCUGCUUUUGGUAGAGCUUUAAUCAAAAAACGUGAGUUUUAUCGAGCUACUUAUUUCUUGAAACAAAUAAAAGAUGAGUCAUCAUAUGAUCGUUUCAUGUAUUAUUGGGCAAGAUUUUUGGCGUAUGAAUAUAACCGACUUGAAACUGAGGCAGACUCAAUUGGUCGAAUGGAGUAUGACGAUUCUGAAUUUAAGGAACUUCACAAUGAACUCUGUUUGCUUGGUAGUGAUCAUCCUGAAUAUUUCGAUACAUUUCUUCUGUAUAUACUUGCAAAGGUGCGUUGCAGUUUGAAAUUGAAAGAGAGAGCAAAGGAAGCAUUCCUCGAGUCCAUAUCAUUGAAUCGAGCUAUGUGGCCAUCAUGGGAGGAAUUGAUUAUGCUUGUAGAUUCUGCGGACGAGGCUGAAAUAGAAGCGUAUUCUGCGGAUGGGCACUGGAUGUAUCAGUUUUUCAGAGCUGCAGUGCUUUCUCGAUUCCAGUUGCACAAGAAUGCCUUGGAACAAUAUGAGAAGUUGAGCAAAUGUGGUUUUCCAAACAUGCCUUACAUUAUGAACCAAGUUGCUGCUUCGUUAAAUAAUAUGCAAGAACAUGAUAUGGCAUUGGAAUUUUUCAAAAAAGUGCGCAAGAUCGAUCCAUAUCGCGUGGAACAGAUGCAUUUGUUUUCUGAUUCUUUAUAUGUCCGAGGUUCUCGUUCAGAUUUGGCCGAUCUUGCUCAUACUUUCUUCAAGACGCACAAAUUCUGCUGGGAAACAUGUUGUAUAGUAGGCCAGUUUUCUAUUACUGUAAAACCACCGAGGCGUUCACUCAAACUCAAUCCUAAUAGUGCAGCAGCGUGGACACUAAUUGGACAUGAGUUCAUGGAGCAAAAAAAUAAUCCAGCUGCAUGCCUUGCAUAUCGGAAAGCAAUUGAAGCUGAUUCGCAUGAUUAUCGUGGCUGGUAUGGUUUGGGUCAGCUUUAUGACAUACUGAAAAUGCCUUCAUAUUCGCUUUAUUAUUACCAACAAGCACACAAAUGCAAACCAGAUGACUCGCGUAUGUUAGUUGCAUUGGGCGAAGUUUAUGUUCGACUUAGUCAAAUCGCCGAUGCUCAAAAAUGUUUUCUGAAAGCAUAUAAGGUUGGAGAUGUCGAAGGAACUGCGCUUAUGCUGCUUGGAAAACUUUAUGCAAAAUGGAAUGACAAUGAUCAGGCUGCAUUAAUCUAUGAAAAAUAUUUGAACGUUUAUGGCGAAGAAUUCAUGGACGACUUGAAUAAUGUUGCGACAUGUUGUUCUUUUCUUGCCAAAUAUUAUCUAAAGAAGGGCGAUUUGGAUACAGCUACCCCGUUUGCGCAACGUUGCCUGGAAUAUGACACCACAAAGGAAGAAGGAAGAAAUACAUUGCGCCAAAUAAGUCAGUUGCAUCAUCGGCACAGUGUGUUGCCUGAAACGCUUGUAGCUGCAUCAGAUGCAACACCAAUCGCAGCCAUGCAUGCUGGAAAUAUCGAAUGCCAAGGAAUUCAUGUUUUGCCCCCAGAAAAUUCAACUCCUCUUCAUGGUUUCCACACACCAGCAAUCGAAGAAGGUGAAGCUGAAAUGGUUAUCUCAUCUGAUGCCUCUGAUGUUUCCGACGAAUCAUCUUUGAAUGCUUCAUACUAA